UUUGUUUCAUUCUCUUAUAGCUGAUUGGCUUCUCAUCAAAGACGAGCGAGUCGUUAGUGUACUCGACUAGCAACUGUUCAUCCUUUGAAACUCUUCAAGAAGAUCGGAUGAAAUGAAGCAAACUCAGCCACUGUCAACACGAACGUGAAGACAUUGUAUUAACAGUGACAGACUUUGGUUCACGUCAUGAGUCCAUUCAGUAGAAGUUUUGCUAGGCCACACCUGUUACAAAGAAAAUUCUUUCAUGUCUGUGAAUUACAAUCCCAGGUUUAUUUUCAAUUUUCUCCACUGGUAUCAGCGCUAAUAAGAAUCCCGAUAGUGAUUGAUGUAGAGAAUUUUAUUUCCAAGAAGAAUUUUCCAAGAUGAAAAUGGUUGCAAGUUUUCAAAGGAUAAAAUCUCUGAAAAGCCAAGUUUUUCAACUCUUAGAAUUUGCAAAUAAAAUUCUCUUUGAAUUGUACAGAAUAAUAGAGCAAACAAUUCUCUACAAAAUGAAAUGUCUUCCAGCGCUCUACACUGGUUUUUGAUCAAGGUGCAUCAACCUUAUGGAAGGCACGAAAGCCAGUUUUUUUUUGAAUACCUCAUAUGGAAAUAUAAUUUUUAUGCCUUUCGUAAUAUUGAUGUAUCUCAGUCAACAAAUGCUGUAGAGGGCUGAAAGAUAUUUCAUUUUAUAGGAAAUCAUUUUCUCUAUUAUUUUGUAUAAUUCAAAUAGAGUUCUAUUUGUAAAUUCUAGGAGAUGAAAAGCUUGGUUUGGCGUUUUUCAGAGAUCCUAUCCUUGGAAAACUAGCAAUCACCAAACUAAGGAGAUAGUAUUGAUUAUUCGAUCAUUUAUGCUUUUUUUUUCAAAACAAUUCAUAUCAUUUGAUUCGUUUAGGUUGAAGAUGAAAAACGUGAUCCACAUAGUACAAAUCGAAUACCAAUGGGUCGAAUACCUCAUAUGUGGGGUCAAUCUCUUUUUAUUUUAGCUAUGCUUGUUAAAGAAGUAUAUUAA